GCCAAGUAUUCAAGUCGCAAAUCAUGGAGUAUCAAUGGGAAUGGGCUGGAGUAAACUGGUACGAAGCUAGAAGAAAUGGGCUAAAGCACGCAAUCGAGCAAAGCCCCAAUUUCUUGUCUUUUUUAAAAGACGGGCGAAAACCAGAUUGAACAACCGAUGUAUUAUAGUUAAAAUGUCUCCUCAGGAAAUUAGAUCUUCCUUUCUACUGCCACCGAACAGUUAAGAAAGAAGAAAAGGAUAGCUCAUAAGCAUUUGAUCUCCGAUCAGAAGCUGAUUUUGGUGGAAACAAUGAACUUUCUGCUGCUGCGGUCCAAUCAACAGGGAACACCAGAAUCACCUCCAGUACAAGAGGAUAUGGCGGAAUCAUCUUAUGUUCCUAAGUCAGUGACAAGUUUGGAAAGGCUUAUUGUACAGGAUCCAUUUCCAGAGUAUCUGACGGUUGAAAAUCAUGGACAAAGCAACGGUUUAUUAGGCAAGAAUGCUGGUGCUGCUUGUGAUAAGAAUGCUUCAGUCAUUGCUAGCCACACUGAUAUUUCCGAGGAAGAUGGAUGGAUCAUUAUUCCAAAUAAGGAUCUCCCUGAUGAUUGGGAUUGUGCACCAAACAUGCGUUCAUUACGCUCCCUGGAUCGUUCUUUUGUUUUUCCUGGUGAACAAGUUCAUGUUCUAGUAUGCUUAUCAGCAUGUAAUCAGGAAACAGAAAUUAUUACACCAUUUAAAGUUGCUGAAGUGAUGAGUAAAAAUGGCAUGCGGAAAGGCACUGAGAAACAAAAUGGAGACAUGGAGGGUGAGACAAGUUCAGUGGCUGGAGGAGAGGAAGUGAGUCCUAAUGGUGCAGUGAUAAGUCAGAAUGAUGAAAACUUGGAGAAAGAGAAGAUUGAUCCAGCAACAGAUGCCUCUGAUAGUGAAUCAUUUCUUAGAAUGGAAGAGCAGAGAAGACAGACUGAAACACUAUUGAAAAGGUUUAAUAACUCUCAUUUCUUUGUGAGGAUUGCAGAGUGGGAUGAGCCUUUGUGGUCAAAAAAAGGUGCUUCUCAGAUAGCUUCUGAUUCAUAUGAAAGUGAUAGUCAACAAUCUAUUGCAAAUGAAGCCAAAAACACUACCAAGAAUAUAUCUAGUUGGACUGCAGUUAUUGAUAGAGGAAACUUUGAUGCUAAUGUUUCUAGUGGAGUUGCUAGAGAUACUGUUAACUGUUGCUCUCUUUCCAAUGGAGAUAUAGUGGUACUUUUACAAGUAAAUGUUGGCGUUGGUUUUUUCAGAGAUCCUGUCAUUGAAAUUCUUCAGUUUGAGAAAUAUAUGGACAGAAACCUGUCUGAGAAUCAGGACAACGGAGUUUAUGCAAAUCAUGAUCCAUGUGGAGAACUGUUGAAAUGGUUGCUUCCUGUGGAUAACACUCUUCUUUCACCUCGUGCUUUAUCUUCUCAUCCUUUAGGUUCUGGAAUUGGUAGCCCAUCUCAUAGGUCUACCCUUUCUGCCUCCUCUGGCUCCCAGCUCUUUUCUUUUAGUAAUUUUAGAAGUUACUCCAUGUCAUCGCUUCCUCAAAAUGUUCCUCCUUCUCGUGGACCCGCUAAAGCACUAAGUUCUAAAUUAUCAUUUGACCUUGAUGAGGUGGACCAUUACUCUUCUCAAAAGAUUUUGAAGAGUCAAAGAACACGGAUUGAAGAUAUUUUAUCAUUUCGGGGUGUGUCACUAGAGCGAGAAAGAUUUUCUGUCCGUUGUGGAUUAGAAGGGAUCCAUAUCCCAGGAAGAAGAUGGAGGAGGAAACUUGAAAUAAUUAAACCUGUUGAGAUUCAUUCUUAUUCUGCCAACUGUAAUACAGAUGACCUCCUUUGUGUUCUGAUAAAGAAUGUUUCUCCAGCACAUAUACCAGAUAUUGUAGUAUACAUAGAUGCUAUAACACUUGUUUUAGAAGAGGCUUCAAAAGGUGGACCACCUGCUUCCUUACCAAUUGCAUGUAUUGAAGCUGGAGACGGCCAUUGUUUGCCAAAUCUAGCUCUCAGGAGGGGUGAAGAGCAUUCUUUUAUUUUAAAACCAGCUUCUUCUGUAUGGAAAGACCUCAAAAUUUAUGGAGGAAAGUCCAAGUCAUCCACUUUGAAACCUCGUUUGAAGACUUCCGACAAAAAGGGGAGUACUUCAAAUGUUCACAAGUAUGCAAUUAUGAUAUCAUGCCGCUGCAAUUACAGCAAAUCAAGAUUGUUUUUAAAGCAGCCAACAAAUUGGAGACCACGGGUUUCAAGGGAUCUUAUGAUAUCUGUCACAUGCAAAAUGUCCGGACAAUAUUCUAGACCCAAUGAAAGAAUCACCCAGCUUCCAGUUCAGGUCUUAACUCUACAGGCAUCAAAUUUGACACCUGAAGAUCUAACUAUGACAGUUCUUGCCCCAGCCUCCUUUACCUCACCUCCAUCUGUGGUAUCCUUGAAUUCUUAUCCGACAACACCAUUGAGCCCAUUUAUUGGUUUUUCUGAUCUUGCGGGGAAAGCAAGUAGCGAGAGGCCCAAUAGUGCAGUGAAGAGAUUCAGCUCAAUGCCCACUGUAUCAGAGAAUCAGAAACAGAAUGGUGAUGCUAGGACUAGGUUUACAUCUUCCAAUGAGCAGUUGACUACAAUAUCUAAUUUUAUUCCAACUUCCUAUUGGGGAUGUACUCAUCUCUGGCUGCAGAGUAGAGUACCAUUAGGAUGUGUUCCUGCUCAAUCUACGGCUACCAUCAAGCUUGAGCUACUUCCAUUGAUUGAUGGCAUUAUAACUUUGGACAGUUUACGGAUUGCUGUUAAGGAGAAAGGUCGUACAUAUAUCCCAGAGCACUCACUGAAGAUAAAUGCAACUUCUAGUGUCUCCACAGGGAUUAUUUAGGAUGGAUUUCAACUUGCGUCUCUUAUGUUACUUUAAAUUGAACCAUCAAGGAUUUCAAAGCUUCAUUUUGUAACCUGGCAUUGGGCUUUUAGUGCCAGAUUGUGCAGAAUCUUUGAAACCAAGAUGGUUAUCUUCCCGUGUUGAGCAAAAAAAAAGCACUUGCUUUGCUAACCCGUAUGAAAAAUACAACCGCAAGGAUUUCUUCAAGCGGCUGCUAUAUUGAGAACGGCAUUUUUUAUAUACCCUCUUUGACAAGAAAGAAAUGUUCUUUUUAGGAGAAUCUAGAGGCGUGAGAGUGUACCAGUUGCAAAUAAAAAAAAUCAGAGAACCAGAGUGCUUUAUAGAUAAUCUGGUCAUACAAAAAAUUAUUAGGAUUCUAAGACAGCGAUGUUACAUUUGAAAAAUAACGAUUCCGUAAUCCUCUUAUAAAAACUGCUGUAACUCAUGGAGAUGGCAGCAAGCAACCCUGGUUCAUGAGCAUCUCAAAUGGCUUGAAGUUUGCAGAUCAAGAAGACUAGCACCGGUUAUGAAGCUGGUACUUGUGUUUUUUUUCUUUGGCAUUUGAAUAUUUUAUGGUGGAUAAGAUAUAAGUUGCUAUCUGCAUCAGUCAGUUUGAUUACUGGUCA